CCGUCGCCAUGGGUCGCGCUUUACGCUCCUUCGCGGCCUACGCCAGACCUAUACAGCUUCAGAGCACACGUAACUCAUCGUCAUGCCCAUUCUCUAAGCGGCAACGUUCCCAAAUAGCCCCGACCGCGGAGUUAAACGAGGAGAUAUUUGCGAACGCCCGUCCCUAUUCCGAAGUUCCCGGCCCUAGACCUAUUCCUAUUUUGGGGAAUACGUGGCGAAUGGUCCCCGUUAUAGGGCAGUUCGAUAUAUCCGAGUUCGCGAAAGUGACCAAACAGUUUCUGGAUACGUAUGGCCGAAUCGUUCGGCUCGGCGGUUUGAUCGGAAGGCCCGAUCUUUUGUUCGUAUAUGAUGCUGACGAGAUCGAGAGGAUGUAUAGGAGGGAGGGACCGACCCCCUUCAGGCCUGCGAUGCCGUGUCUCGUCAAAUACAAAUCGGAAGUCAGGAAGGAUUUCUUUGGCGAGCUCCCGGGGGUUGUUGGCGUACACGGUGAUCAAUGGCGUAGAUUUCGUUCCAAGGUUCAACGACCCAUACUCCAGCCUCAAACGGUGAAGAAGUACGUGGCACCAAUCGAGCUGGUCACGGAGGACUUCAUUAAGUACAUGGUAGACGCCCGAGACGAGAACGGGGACUUGCCUCAUGAGUUCGACAACGACAUUCACAGAUGGUCUUUGGAAUGUAUCGGCCGCGUCGCCUUGGACGUCCGGCUGGGUUGUCUGUCGCCACAGUUGAAUAGCAAUUCAGAACCGCAACGCAUCAUCGAUGCCGCAAAGUUUGCUUUACGAAACGUUGCAGUUUUAGAACUAAAGGCGCCUUAUUGGAGAUACAUACCGACACCGCUUUGGAGUAAAUACGUGAAUAACAUGAACUUCUUUGUUGAGAUUUGCAGCCGUUAUAUCAAUGAGGCGCUUGAAAGGCUGAAGACGAAGAAAGUGACGUCAGAGAACGAUCUCUCGCUGCUCGAACGGGUUCUGAGGAGCGAAGGCGAUCCAAAGAUAGCCACCAUAAUGGCGUUAGACUUGAUCCUUGUUGGGAUUGAUACGAUUUCGAUGGCGGUUUGCUCGAUCCUGUACCAAGCAGCAACAAGAUUGGAGCAACAGGAUAAGAUGGCGGAGGAGAUCAGAAGGGUCCUCCCGGAUCCGAGCAAGCCUCUGAGCUACUCGGACUUGGACAAGCUGCAUUACACGAAAGCUUUCGUCAGAGAAGUUUUUAGAAUGUAUUCAACGGUCAUCGGCAACGGUCGUACUCUGCAAGACGAUGACGUCAUAUGUGGUUAUCACAUUCCAAAAGGUGUUCAAGUGGUGUUCCCGACGAUCGUGACCGGCAACAUGGAGCAGUUCGUCUCCGAUCCUCUGGAGUUCAAGCCUGAGAGGUGGUUGGAAGGCGGCGGGAAGCUGCAUCCAUUCGCAUCCCUGCCGUAUGGCUUUGGCGCCCGGAUAUGUCUGGGACGGAGAUUCGCUGACCUUGAGAUCCAAGUGUUGUUGGCUAAGUUGCUGAGCCGUUACCGGUUGGAAUACCACCACGAGCCCCUGGACUACGCCGUUACGUUCAUGUACGCGCCGGACGGACCUCUGCGUCUGCGCAUGAUUGAACGAUGAUCACUUCUAUCAGUGUGCUUAGUGCGAGUUUUUUAAUGUUCUCGAUAGCGCUUUUUUUUCCAACCUAAGCUGAUGCCUGGAGAGGCUAU